CUCAUCAUAGCCGCAGUGGUAUCAACGUCACUGGUCCAUAUUGCUCUGUGUUUCAUCGGAUGCAGUUUUGGAUAUGCCAUGAUGCAAAAUGCUUCAGUCGCAGUUCUGUUGCAAUAUUUCCCGGAUAAUUUCGCUUCCAUGAACGGGGUGAGUUUGAUAGGAGGCCCUGUGGGUAUGAUGAUCGUCCCUCCCGUGGUUCAGCAACUGAUCCAGCUUUAUGAUUGGCGAGGCGCUCUGGCUCUUCUCGGUGCUAUGACGGCAAAUUAUUGCGUCUUCGCUGCUCUGGUAAGACCUCUGCGUACCAGAAACUCCUACACACCGAUAGCUGAUGGUGAGCCGAACUCUACAACAAACCAACCUCCCAACGAGUCUCUCUGUGACAACUGGAAGCAAAAGUUUGGAAUAAUAAGUGAUAAACUUGACCUCCAAAUGUUCGUUGAGGAACCGGGAUUCGUUACCAUCCUGUUCGUUAGUUUCCUCGAGGGUAUCUUGUUCUGUGGUUGGCAUAUCUUUCUCAUCCCGAAUGCUAUUGCUCUGGGUUUCAAUGAGACAAGGUCAUCUUUCCUGGCUACUUUUGCCGGCUUUGGAACUGUGUUUGGGCGCGUUUUGUCCGGAUUUGUUAUCGACCAAGGACUGCUGCAAGCACAUCAUGUCUUCGCUGGUUGCUACCCUCGCUACUCUUGGCGGGUUCUGCUUUGGAGUCUGCUAUCCAUUACUUAUCGUCUUGUCGAUUAA